AUGGGCGGAAUUACCACCGGCGUCGUAGUCGGGAUCGUCUUCAGCUCCCUCAUCAUCGUCUGCAUCUUCGUCGCCUUCCUCGUACCUUGGAUCCGCAACCGUCGCUCCCGCUCCCGCCCCGCAUCCUCCCAGUUCGAGUUCAAAGCGCCCAAAGACGUCGAAUGGGCUCCUGACCACGAGCGCGGCGCCUCCGACCAACCGCUUCUCCGCAAUCACCAGCACGACCGUAGACCAAGCGAGACGGAGCAGUACGCGCGGCCGUCUGAGUCCGGCCACGACCACGACCACGAUAUGCAACAGACGUCCCUGCCCAUGCCCCUCUACAGCCCUGUGCGCGCUGCCAGCCCACCUGCCCUCGCACCCACGGCUGCGCCAUCAGACUUGCAAGACGUCGCGCUUUCAGCUGCGCCCUCUAGAUCGCUUUCGCCUCCGCCUCAAGGGGCAACCGGCGACCGCUGGCGUCCCGGCCAAGUCUCCUUCCAGAAGCCCGGACCGCCUCUCGCAAUCCCCGCUCGCCCGCAGCGCACGCACACCUCGCGUACAGCGAUGACCACGACCACGAUGGGCUCGGUUUACUCCCAGGAGUCCGCCACGAUGUCGCAAUACGAGUCCCUUUUGGCCGCGGCGACGCGCCCGUUUGAUCCGUACGAGCUUUACGACCACGCCGAGGUCGACUCGGACCUCGUCCUCAGCAGCCCUGCUUCCUCCACGUCGACGCAGUUCGCGUCCACGAUACGAGCCUCACCAACGACGCCCCGACGAGACAUUGACGCUAGCACUCCUCGCGCACUGCGCGCUAAGCUCGCCAGUGCGGUUCGGCACAGCAAGAUCGGGCCCGAGCUCCAGCGACCCGCGUUCACCACGCGCCCGUCUAGCGUCCCACCCCCCGCCGAGGACCACCUUCCCGUGCCGAGCCUGACAGUCGAGAGCGCGAGCCAGCGUUCCGAAUCGUCCGCCGCGUCGAGCUUCGUUUCCCCAGUACCAGUAGUUCCCGUGUCCCCUCCUCUCGAUCUCGUCCCCAGUCACCAACGCAGCCGCUCCGCCUCCGACUCUCGUCGCUCGAUCAGCUCGUUGCCGCCCCAGCCUGCACCCGCACUGAAGAACCCGCUGCCUCAGCCUCCGCGCACCCGCACAAGCAUGCCUGUCCGUCGCUUACCGUCCCCACCCGCGGUGUCUGCCCAGCCCCAGCCCCUUCACCAGAAGAACGCCAGCAUCGGAGUCCGGAGCAAGCUCGCGCCAACCACAGGUCUCGCCCUCACCAUCCGCCCUCCUCCCAGUUCGCACUCCCGUACCACCUCAACUACUCCUCACGCCCCGAGCUCCUCCUCCGCAUCCCCGCCUCCGCCCUCCACCCCGCGCGGCCUACCUUCCAUAGCAUCCUCCGACCGCAUUCCCGCUACUCUCGCUUCCAUCCCCACCAUCGCCUCCACGCUCGGCCUGGCGACCUCCGCCUCCACCUCGUCCUCCUCCAUGUCCUCCUCCGCAGUCGCGCCCUCGCCCUCUUCGCUCGCUCCGCCCUCCACCGCCCACCUCCCCUUACCACCCGCCCCACCCGUUCCGCGCCGCUCCUCCAAACGCGUGCUCCCCUCGAAACACAACCCACUCGCGAGCCGCGCGCCGACGCUCCCGCCCGUCCCCUCCGUCGCCGACUUCGGCUCUUUCGACGCCUCCUCGCGCCUGCCCUCACCCUCGCCCUCACCCUCACCCUCACCCUCACCCGCCUCUCCCUCUUUCUCGCGGCCCUCGCCCGAACGGCUACCCUCUCCCUCACGACCCUCAGACGCCACGACCGGCACCUGGCUCGCCCUCACCCCGCUCACCUCCGCCUUCCGCGCCUCCGUCCACACCAACCUCUCCGUCUCCUCCACGGCCUCCACCGCGCCGCCAACGCGCAAGCCCACCCUCCGCUCCUCGCCCUCCUACGCCUCCACCUCCGCCGCGUCCUACACCACCUCCGCCACCGAAGACGCGCGCGACCGCGCCUGGGACGAGCUCAAGCGUACACACGGCAUGGCCGCCCUCGGCGCGGCGCAUCCGCCCGUGUUACGGCCGGCGACGGUCCAGACCAAAGGCCGCAAGGGCUCCACCCGCCUGCUCCCGCCGAGUUCUGUGCGCGAGCCCCGCGUGGCGCUGGGGGAGCGCAAGGGAUCCGCGAAGGCGCAGAUCGGCAUCGUCAGGUCGGGUCUGUAA